AUGCAUGGCUCCUCCAAGAGGCCUCACGAGGUCCUGGGCACCGCUGCCAAGCAGCCAGAGGCUGAGCCGCUUCCUGUCCAGAGACCAAACGACAGGGUGACCGUCAAUGAUGUCAAGGAGCGAAGGGCCAAGGCUGGCAAGCUGGUGGCCGGCGUCGCGGCAUACUGCGACAGUGACAUGUUCAAGGCCCCCUCAGUGGGGAAGCCAAAGGCCAAAAUUUGGGAUCAUCACCUGACAAAAGAAUCACUUUCACGCCGGCCCUGCAUGCUCAAGCAGGCGGCCAAAUUCCUCAAGAAACCUGGGCUGAUCUCGCUCGGCGGGGGCCUUCCCAGCCCUGAGCACUUCCCAUUUGAGUCUCUGAGCAUGAAAGUGCCAACGCCGCCGGGCUUCGAUGAAGAAGCCACAAAGGCGUCAGGGGCGACUCUGACCAUAGGCAAACACGACGUCAGAGAUAUCCCGGACUCAGAGUAUGACCUCAGCAUCGGGCUGAACUACGGCCAGGCAACGGGGUCCGCGCAGAUGGUCCGCUGGGUGACGGAGCACACGGAGCUGGUCUUCAACCCGCCCUACGCGGACUGGCGCUCGUGCUUGACCGUGGGUAGUACGGGGGCCCUGGAGCAGUCACUGCGGAUGUUCUGUGACAGGGACAGGGGCGACUCAAUUAUGAUGGACGAGUUCGCCUUCUCCACCGCCCUGGAGACGGCUGAGCCGCUGGGCAUCAAGGUCGUCGGGGUCGCGAUCGACGAUGAGGGCAUGAUCCCGGAGUCGAUGGACGAGAUGCUGUCGAACUGGGACCCCAAGGAGAGGGGUGGCGUCAGGAAGCCGCAUGUCGUGUACACCGUCCCCUCGGGCGGGAACCCUACCGGCGCGACCAUGGGGGCGCAGAGGAGGAGGGACAUUUACACCGUGUGCCAGAAGCACGACGUCUUCAUCCUCGAGGACGAGCCGUACUACUACCUCCAGAUGGAGCCCUACAACCGCGGGGGCAAGUCGGCGGCGGCCGCGGCGCCAGAGUCGGUCGAGGGCUUCCUCGACUCGCUGAUCCCCUCCCUGCUCAGCAUGGACACGGAUGGGCGCGUCCUGCGCAUGGACUCGUUCUCCAAGGUCGUGAUCCCCGGCUCGCGGUUGGGCUGGGUGACCGGUUCCGAGCAGAUCAUUGAGAGGUAUAUCCGGCACUCGGAGGUGGCCAGCCAGGGUCCCGCCGGCCUCUCGCAGGUCGUCCUCCACAAGCUGCUGGACGAGCACUGGGGCCACGAGGGGUACUUCCGGUGGCUGAUGAAUCUGCGGAUCGAGUACACCAAGAGGAGGGAUGCUCUCCUCAGGGCUUGCGAGGAGCACCUUCCGGCCGGGGUGGUUAGCUUCAGCCCACCGGCUGCCGGCAUGUUUCAAUGGUUCCGCGUCGACUACAAGCUCCAUCCGGACGCCGGGAAGCGCAGCAUACCCGAGCUAGAGGAGGAGAUCUUCAACUCGUGCAUCGACAAGGGCGUGCUGGUCGCGAGAGGCAGCUGGUUCACCGCGGAGCAUGACAAGCCGCCCAAGGACCUCUUCUUCAGGGCGACAUUUGCGAGUGCCUCGCCCGAGAACAUGAGGGAGGCCAUCCGCAGGUUCGGCGAGGCUGUCAGGACGAGUUAUCGGAUUUGA